CUUUUCUACGACAGUCUUGUCCAAUUUUUGUUUCUGUCUUAUCAUAUUAGUAUUUUUGCUUAUUAUCUUAGGAAAAUGGUACGUUGUGCAAACUUAUGCCUACUCAUAUUGGAAUUCCUGGUUUUUCUACACUUCUUUUCGUGGCAAAUUCGAAGUGUUGUUGCGGAUGCCGGUGAAUUUGCAAACGGUACAUAUGUUAUCGAAGGAACUGUUAUCCCCCCUUAUGGAAAUGAUUGGUUCAUUAAAACUCGCAUUCAUAUUGAUGGAGGUCAAUAUUUGGGAUUUGUUCGUUCUGACGGAUCUUUUAAAGUUACAAAUGUACCCUCUGGAUCGUAUCUUGUUGAGGUCGUAAAUCCAGUUUUUGUUUUCCAGCCGGCUCGCGUUGACAUAAACUCAAAAGGAAAAAUUCGUGCUCGUAGAUUCAACGUUCUUCAGCCGAAUGCAGUAUCAAUCAUCCCCUAUCCACUUGAGAUGGCAAGCAUCGGCAGAGCUAGCUAUUUUCAGCCACGUGAACAAUUACGCACUCUUGAUCUUCUCAUGAAUCCUACUCUGCUGUUGAUGAUUGUGCCAUUCCUGCUCAUUAUGCUGUUACCUAAGCUGUAUGAUGCGAAUGAUCCAGAACUGCAGCGUGAGGUUCAAAAUCUUAGCAUACUAAACCCGAGGCCAAAUCUGCCCGACAUGAGUGAAGUGAGUAUCUUCUGCUUUAUAAGGUUGCUGGUCCAAAUUCAUCUGUUCUCUCUUGCCUAA